AUGUUCCUCACUGCUGCUGUUUACGAUUUCACUUUCGACCUAGAGUUUCACCGGAGGGUUCCGGUGACCGGAUACGUCGUUUCUUCAGCGGAACGACGUCGUGCAUUGAAGCUUGUGGAUCGAGCACUCUCAAAGCGGCAAUACAAAUCAGCUGUUUCAUUGGUUAAGCAAUUGCAAGGAAAACCAUAUGGACUUCGUGGUUUUGGCGCUGCCAAACAGAUAAUCAAGAGGCGUUUAGAACUGGAUGAAUCUGAGGUCAAUGGGAUGGAUAUGUUAUCCCUUCAACCAUUAGUGGAUUCGAUUCUGGAUUCAGUUCAACAAUGUCUUCAGAUAUCUUUCCUUGAGGAGAUUCUCUCUGCUGAAAAGCCAGAGAGUUCAAUGGCUGAAGGUAGACAUUCUUCAAGAUGUGAAGAACAAGAACACUUCAUUUGUGCUCAACAUGAAGCUGGGCAUUUUCUUGUUGGAUAUUUGAUGGGUGUUCUUCCAAAAGAAUAUCAAGUGCCAAGCGUUCAAGCUUUGAGCCAAAACAGAUUUGCUGAAGGAAAAGUUUCAUUUGUUGGCUUUGAAUUUCUUGGGGAAAUUGAUUCAGUAAAGAUUUUGGGGCAAAAUGCUGAUAUCAAAAAGUUUAAUAAGAGAGCAAAUAAAGGCACCAUUUCCUCGAAGACUUUGAACCAGUUUUCAUGUGUAACAUUGGGAGGUUUAGUGGCUGAACUUUUAGUUGCUGGGAAUUCCGAUGGACAUCUAGCGGAUAUUCUUAAGCUGUGGAGUGUUCUUACCUGGUUUGGCCUUCCAAAGUCUGAAGCUGAUCUUCAUUUAAGAUGGGCUGCGACAAACACAGCAUUCAUAAUGUCACGGCAUUGUGAAACAAGAUUGAGACUCGCAGAGGCCAUGACGCUUGCAAAACCAAUCGGCCUCUGUAUUGACACCAUUGAAAACUGUUUGGAGGGAGCAAUAAUAUGAGGUGCAUAUAUGGUUUUCUAGAAUCAAAUGUAGUUGAGUGAAGCAAAGAUACGACGGAUGCGCACAAAGUGGUUCAGACCAUUCAGAAAAGAUGCAGCAAGGUUGAUAAUUGAUGAUAAGCAUUGUACUUUUAAGAUUCAACCUGUGCUUAUCAUAGUAAAUAUACGUGAAUUUUAUUUGAA